GAGGGCCCCACCCAAGGCUGUAGGGCCGGAGGCAGCUGGUUCUGCUGAUGCCAGGCGCCUGGAGGGUGCCCAGGACACCGCCCUGCUCUCACCCCCUCGCGGAUGAUGGCUCGAGGCCAGCCUGGGCUGGAGCCCUGCCCAUGAGGCCCGACCAUGGUGAUGGUCCUGAGCAGAAGCCUCAAGAACCAGCGAGCUGACUGCGUUCCCUGCGGGACCUUCAGCCCAGAGCUGCACACGCCCGAGAAGAUGAGUCAAGGGCCCACCCUGUUCUCGUGUGGCAUUAUGGAAAAUGACCGGUGGCGAGACCUGGACAGGAAGUGCCCCCUGCAGAUUGACCGGCCGAGUAGCAGCCUCUGGGAGUGCCUGCCGGAGACGGGUCAGGAUGGCGGCCUGUGGCCCCGGGAGACUGGGACCGCCUGCUCGGUGACCAGCCUCAUCAAGGACCUGAGCCUCAGCGACCACAACGGGAACCCCUCGGCGCCCCCCAGCAAGCGCCAGUGCCGCUCCCUGUCCUUCUCGGGUGAGAUGGCCAGCCGGAUGUCGUGGCGGCCCCUGGGCUCCAAGGUGUGGACGCCGGUGGAGAAGAGGCGCUGCUACAGCGGGGGCAGCGUCCAGCGGUACUCCGGCGGCUGCGGCACCAUGCAGAGAAGCUCCAGCUUCAGCCUCCCUGCCCGCGCCAACGCCCUCCCCUCGCCCUGCGAGCAGGCCGGCUUCCACCUCCAGCUCUCUGGGCAGCCCUUCCUGGGCCCGCCAGGCCAGGCCACCUGCGGACAGGCGGGCGACCUGUGGAGUCAGGACCCGCUCCCCGCCGGAGGGGUCCGGCCCGACUUGCCUCGAUCCCUCUCCUGCUCCCACGAGCAGUUCUCCUUCUCGGGAUACUGCGUCCCCUCGGCCAGCAGCACCCCGGCAUCAACGCCCGAGCUGGCCCGACGCCCCAGUGGCCUUUCCCGCAGCCGCUCGCAGCCCUGCGUGCUCAGCGACAAGAAGGCCGGCGUCAAGCGGCGGCGGCCUGAAGACACGCAGGAGCAGAGGCCUUCCCUGGACCUGGCCAAGAUGGCACAGAACUGUCAGGCCUUCAGCAGCCUUAGCUGCCUGAGCACCGGCACAGAGGACUGCAGUCCCCCGAGCCCCUUCGCCCUCCACGCUGGCAGCACCCACACGUGGAGCACCUUGCUCUCAGCUUCCACCACCACCGUUGGGGGCAGGACCCCGGCUGGGACCCCGGUCCUGGAGCUGCUGCCCAGAUCCUUUGAUGACCAUCUUGCCAGCAAAGAGGAGCUGUCCUGUGAGCAGGCGGACGGCAGCUACACCCUGGACAUGGACGCUGGCCAAAGGGAGGAUCCAGGCUUGGCCUGGCGGGACUGUGGGGUGGCAGGCAGUGGCCUCUGCUCCCUGGACGGCGAGUUAGACAUUGAGCAGAUAGAGAACAACUGAGGGCUGAGGGCCCUGCCACAUGGGGGCAGGGGGAGCCCUCAGAAUCCACACCCCCUCCAGAUAGCGGGUGACCACUCAGGGUGGGGCUUUAUCUCUGUGCCAGGUGGGUGCCUCCUUGAACGGCAUGGGGCAAGGAGUUGCGCCCCCCCACCCCCCAGCCUCACCCCCGUCUAGAGAGGGCCUCCCUCCUGCUCCUGUGUGCACUGACCAGCUCCAGCCAGCCACCCGGCUGCACCAUGGGCUGGGGGCCAUGUGACUACUGUAGCCGCCAGCACUCCGGGCUUGGGUCCUUCACCCUCCUCCGUUGGCCACCUUGGCGCCCCCACCGUGGCCAUGCCCGCGCCCGGGGCUGCUCGGCCCCUGCUCAGGUCUCACUCCGCUUCAUCCUGUGCCUUCUGUCCCAGGUAUCCCCGCCACAUGUGGCUCGGGGCAACCAGGGAGUUGCUUCCUCGGAAGGACCACCAGAACCAUUUGGCCUUAAUUCCCAGGUGGUGGUGGGGGCAGAGACCCAGGGGGCCUGCUAGAAGCCCUCUACCUGGUGUCAAUGCUUCGGACUUGGGUGGGGUUGGCAGGUGAUAGUCCUUCCCCAGGGACUAGGCACCCCCUCAGGCGGCAGGAGCCACUGCGAGCAAGUGCCCAGGACAGGAGGGCUUCCCUCUUCCCACCCCCAGUUUUCGAAGCACAUUCUCUUUGGUUCUCAGGCUUAAUCCCAAUGUCUCCCCAACUCAAGAGCAGCCGCCUAACCUUCGAGCAGCUUUUCCCCAAGGGCUGCCUCCCGGCUGCAGCCCAGUCCUCGGCCCCCUGGAGGGGCCCAUGUGGCCCAGCCUGCCCCCCACACACACCCCAGGGCCCCUCCACAUACUCUGCUGCACGGGGAGCUGGCCUGAUGCCAUCUGGACCUCUCCACAGACAGUAGUGUUAAGCGUGUCCCCUCAAGGUGGGUGAUCAGACUCGGGCCCCUCUGCAGGGCCGGGCCUCUCCCUCCACAGGCUGAAGACACACCUCUUCUAAAUCCCCUCUGGAGACAUGCUGGCCGUCUAUGCCUUGGCUCCAUGGAGGAGGGGGCUUGAUGCCUUUUCUUCGGAACCAGCUAUAGUUGGAGAAAAGCCCCAGUCUGGCAGCUCAGAGAGGCCUGGGCUGGUGCUGGGCAUGGUUGGGAAGUCCUAAUUCCAGUUUCACCAGGGCUGCCACCAACAGCCACACAAGAUCCAGGGGACAUCUCCCUGGUCACCCGCUGUGCUUGGAACAAGACCAGAGGAGGUGUGGGGGAGGGGAGGGUGGGCCUGGAGGCCCAGGUGUAUGGUGGUACCCACCCUGUAUUGGGGGGCCCUAGAAGCAGACCCUACACUCCCACCCUACACCACAGGCGACCAGAGCCACCAUGCUGGCCUUUUCUUGGGGUGAGGGUGGAGGCCCUGAGUCCAGGCCGCCCUGGGCAGAAGCACACUCAGCUCUGUUGGUGGUCAGGGGAAUGGCCAAACCUGGUUUCCUGGUGGCUCCAUGGGGUCAGACCUUUCUGGAAAGAGCUGCCACCCCCCAGAAGGACCAUCCCCUGGGUGCCCGGGCUCUGGUCCCGUGGCUCCCUGACACCUGCUUGUCCUCUGGGCACAGCUGCUUGCCUCAGCUGGUGCCUGGGAGGGGCUGAAAGGAGGAGCUUUCCCCACGCACCCCAAAGAGCUGGGUUGACCGGGCUCAGGGCGCCCACUCAGACCCUCUUGCCUUACUCUGGCCCCAAGCCCACGGGCCAUGCUGAUGUCAGGGCCCAAGGAGUGGGGCUGACACAGCCGGAUGUCCGUUCUCAGAAAGCCUUACUUUCCAAGUUUUUGUAGCAGGAACAUUGUGUGCAUUUGUAUGCCGAAAGGAAAUUUAAAUAAAAAGAUGACAUUCGAAAGAAA